AUGGUUUCAAUUAUGGAUAUCGAGCCCAAAAGACAAAUCUGUGAUAAUCGUUCUACACUGUCGCAAAGUGCUGUUAGUCAGAAAUCGAUCGAUUUGGAAAUUCCCAUUCCACUCAAGUCGCCAACCGCAACAACGUCACCCACCUCGCCAACGUCUGGCGGUUCGGGCUCCGGAGGUACACUCUCCCCCACGACGGCCACCAGCAUCGCCACGGACACCGAGUUGGCCAAGCGUGCCAUGAAACUGAACCUAAUCGAAUCCCAGAGCAAUUCGGCAGCAAGUGCUGGUGGUACCAGUGCUGCCAGCACUACCACCACAACCACCGCCACCACCACCACACAUUCCUCGACGUCGAACUCGGCCGCCACCACUACCACCGCCGUCAUUAUGAAACACCGGAAGCUGAAGGAGCGAACGUUCAGCGACGAGCUCGGAUCACCGAAAUCGCCGGCGGCGGCAAUAGGUCGGAGUGGUACCACACGCCCAGUGGUACCACUUCAAUCAUCGAUUUCCUCACCACCAGACGUUGUAGACGAUCGCAAGGCACUACGGGAUGCGCUGUACCAGGGCAUCUUCCACCGGCACCGGCGCACGAUAUUCGCCGUUGGCAGCUUUCUGCGGAUGCUGAAAAGCCGCAGCUCGUCCUACAACACCAUCCGCAGUUCGUCCGAGGGUGAAGAUGACACGCGAUAAAGGGCAUCGUCACUCUGGGAGAUGGAGAUGACCGCCCGCAUCGCCUGAUAGCAAUUUAUUGCCGCGAAAACAAACGAUACAGGACAGCUACACUUAUGAUGAUCGAAGAAAGUCGGAUACCGACAGGUUCACGAUGCAUACUCGUCGUAUGUGAGAAAUAUAUCUAGCCAAAAGAAAUGAGCAGGAGAGAAGCGUCUAACCUUUGUAUGGGUACAUAUUAUGUCGCUAGAGAAGGGUACAGAAUAGUUUUAUGACAUUAGCCGGAUUGAAGAGAGCAUGAUGAUUAGUGUAGAACCUUUAGAAUGAAACACCAUGAAUAAGCUUGAAAAAUGAAACUAUGUUUGUUGUUAGAUAAGCCAAAAGUGCUUGUAUUUUAGUUUUUGUUAUUUUCGUGACUCGCAGAUUCGAAUCGAUUUUUCAAUUCCUUACAAUUUCGUCUUAGUUUAGAAUUAGCACAACGCAGCAUGCAGAAAGUUAUUAAAGUGGUACCAGAUAUGCACACGUCGACAGCAAACAUUCACGCCAUCGUUCGUUCAGGCUGUAAAAUGACUGCAUACUCAUUUCAGCAUGGAAAACUUCUCAUAGCUUUGGUCAACAAAUUUUGAAACUGAUAUAACAGUAAAGCGAUAUUUGUUUCCUGAUUUUUAACAAAACAUUUCUUGAAGCUCAGCAAACAAAGAUUAUUUAUUGAAAUAAUAGCACAUUUCAGUGAAAGAUGCAAAAAUGGCUGUGCUUCGGCUGAAAAAAAAAUGAGUAAGUAGUUUUAUCGCCUAGAGACACUGUACCGUUCGUGAAAAUAGUACUCCAUCAAAAUUUUCAACAACAACCGUGCUUCUCCAUUAGGCUACGGCAUCACCAGCAAAUAAUUCUCCAAACGAAACCUCAGGGCAGUAACCAAGCAUUUCCAUUUCCACAAUUUUCCUACAGUUUUAUUGAUUAUUGGUAACACGAUUGCAUGAAAUAUGAUACGGAAGAGACAUGCCUACUAUAAACCUGUUACAACAAUUACUUUGUCCACAAGUCGGUAAAAUAAAUAUAUAUAAUAGAUUCGGUACACCCAGGCGUCAAUUCUCGCUAUCGGUGGAGGAAGUGUCGGACAAAUCUGCAGGAAAUACGAUUUUCACUCCAGUUGUAUUAGUGUGCAUGGAAAGGACAAAAUUUAACAACCUUGCCGAGCGACGCCAUAAGAUGUUGCCGAGGCGAAGCUGGCCUCUGAGCAAGCUUAUUGCCUCUCUGCUUCAUUACUGAAAUGCGUUCCGCUAUACACUUGAAAUGAAUGGAGCACGCAAUAGUGUCACGUAAUUUUUUGCUUAAGUAGUUCACUGGUACAAUGGUUGGUGAUGGAUGAAUUUAAUUCAGCGCGAGUGGGACUGAUCUAAAAUGACAUUUGAAUUAAAUUAUAUUUUUUAUGAUUAAAUCUCGCAUUCCAUUGAUGAAUUCGUUAUAAUGAAUUAUUUCAGCUGAUUCAGUCGUACUUGAAUCUAAUUGAAACAUUCAUACAAAAUAGACACGUAGUCAUGAUUAGUUUCAUUUGAUACAGAUACGUUAGCAAACGUAUCCUGUUUAAAAAUUAUCGAAUAUGUGUUUGUAAUGUAAGUAAUCGUCACACGAAAUAAGAAUUUGAUGAUUUUAAUCGCUUUGAUUCCCUAUGAUAAGAUGAGUGGUGUAAAUAUAAUAAAAACGUCUAAAAGCACUAUUUUUUGUAUUUUCAGUGUUUCUAUUAUUACUGAAAAUAAUGAUAGCAGAAAUCUUUUCAAUUUUUUGGAAACGUAAAGUACAUCUUAUGAUUAUUUUAUACAUUUGAAACUGAAGUAAUUGAACCAACUUAACAUUCGUCCAAAGAUAAUAUGAGAUUUUUCUAUUUAAUCACUUAUUUCAUAAAUAGUCCAGGUCUCGUGGCCGUAAAGGACCACCGGUCCAAUCAGCGUCUUGUAGAUAAUCAACUUCGUGCGGCGGCGAAUUUUUUUUCCUCCGGCGUCCAAAGUAGACACGAUUUCCCGCCAAGAUCCGUCUCCGAAUUUCUCUGCUGGUGUCAUUGUGCGCGGUUACCAGUGAGUCCAAAUACACGAAUUCGUCGACCAUCUCGAUUUAGUCACCGUCAAUCCAAACUCGGGAUGGGAGGUUCACAUUGUCGUCUCUAGAACCACUUCCUCUAAUGUACUUUGUCUUCGAAACGUUGAUGGCAAGUCCAAUCCUGCCGGCUUUAGCCUUAAGUCUGAUGUACGUUUCCGACAUCGCCUCAAAGUUCCGUGCCAUUAUGUCAAUGUCGUCGGCGAAGCCAAGAAGCUUGACGGACUUCCUGAAGAUCAUGUCUACCCCCGCUCUCCUUAUUACACCUUCUAACGCAACGUUGAACAGCAGGCACGAUAGACCAUCACCUUGCCAUAACCCUCUUCGAGAUUCAAAGGGACUCGAUAGUGUCCCUGAUACUCGAACAACGCACAUCACCCGAUCCAUCGUCGCUUUGAAUAAUCGUGUUAGCUUAUCCGGAAAACCGUACUCGUGCAUUAUCUUCCAUAGCCGAUCUCGAUCGAUUGUGUCGUAUGCCGAUUUGAAGUCGAUUAACUAAUGAUGUGUGGGUACGUUGUAUUCGCGGCACUUCUGGAGAACCUGCCGAAUCGCGAAUAUUUGGUCCGUGGUGACGCGGGAACCCAUGAAUCCCGCUUGGUAGUAUGUUGAGACUAAACAGCGCUAUAACGUCAACUUUGCUCAUGACAGUAAUGCUGAUUUCGUUUUUAGAUCAGAGUUGCUCUAGGUUCGCUCGUAGCUGUCAGAUUUGUAUGGAUAUCGUAAACAUUGGGGCGAACCUAGGGCGACACGUUUCUAAAACCGAAAACAGCAUAAGAAUGAAGACAAAAUUUCUUUGUUCUUUAGACAAUGCCCACUAGAUUGAGAGCCUGCUAGAUCUCGCUCUCUUUGCCUGCUUUUAACGCUGACUUUGGCAUAAGUAGGAAGUAGACAACCGUUUGUUUUACCUGACUGGCACUGAAAUGAAAUACAUCGCCCAUAUUAAAAGGUUCGAGUAAUUUUAAUAUUUCGCUUAGAAAGCUUUAAUCUUCAAACGUACCAAUUAAUUUUUUGUGCAUUUCUUCUUUUGAUUGGUGAAAAUGCAACCUCUUAUUAUUCCAAUAUAUGCUCCGUCGGUUAUACAAGAUAUUUUCAAUCAAAAAUAACCGUUCGGUUAAGCAAGCUGUUCGCAGACUACUGCCACAAAACCAUAGUUUCAGAUGCGGUUUAUUUUUGAUUAAAUAGGGUAAAGAGCCUAUUUUCACCCUAUUAAGGAGGGUUAAGGUUAAUAAAUCUCACAAAUUCAUUAAUUACUCGACAAUUACAAUUUGACUCAAUGUGUCGAACAAAGAUGGCUGACGCUGGUCUAACCAACGGCUUCAAAUGGAUAGCGUGUUAAUAGAAAAAAGCGAAAAUAGGCCAUUACCCUAGGUAUAUGAACAAACUAUCAUGCUUGGCAUCAUGGGCCCAUUUUUCUUCUCAGAUAGCAUAGCAUAGCAUAGCACGAACACCUCCACAAAUCAUAGAUGGAGUUGCAGAAUUGAGCAUAUCCAUUAUCAUAUCAGACUUCGCAAUCGAUCUACAAUGACGUAAACCCGCUCAACUUCACACGCCUGACCACGUCCUUACAAGCGUUUUUAUUUUAUAAUAGUCCUAUCAUCUACUUAUGGAAAACGCUCGGUGCCGAAACAGUUUUCAUAGGUGACGGAGAUAUAAAAAGACGAAAAAAAAUGGAGCUGGUGAUUAUAUAAUUCUAUAUUUAGUAUAAUUAGUAGUAUUAUUUAAAAAGAAAACGCAAAAAAAAACUAUUAGAAACGAUCUCACCGGUAUCGAAAAUGUGAAAUUCGUCCUUGUUUAAAGGCUUUCGAUGCCACUUCUUAGGGAUAGACGUUGUCGAAUCUUCAUGAUCCGUCGCUUGAGACAAUAUUGUUCCGGCAACAAGUGUGGGGUUCGAAAUUCUUCAAAUUAGACGGCCUUAUACUGGGCUUCACCACCCCUAGCAACAAUUGAAGUUUUAUGAUAGUUUUACAGCCAUUCAUAAAACUUAGAUUGGACUUGUAGCGUGCUAUAAAACUUCAAUUGUUACUUGGACACACCAUCCUGGGAUCUUACGUUUCUGAAGCGGAUCGCCUGUCGAAUUGUUCUUCAGUUCUUCCCGAAAGACACUUCCACUUUUUUCGCGAAUCAACACUUAAACGUUUUCAAAAUUUGAAUUAUGAAUCUGGUUUACAUCCUGGAAACUUCUAAAAUAGCAACAAAAUGUCACAGAGAAAACACCGAGAGAGAAAAUCGGGCCCAUUUUUCUUCACAGAUGAUGUCAUAACCAACGUCAACGUCACUGAUGAGCGAUAUCGGGACAUGUUUCUGGACUGGUUAUUUCCAAAUGCUUUGUUAGAGGGUGCAUAUUGAUUGGAGGUUACCAGACAAAGUUAUUUAAUCUAAUGUUUUGCCGAAAUAGGCAAUAUGGUCUAUUAUCAAAAAGAUAAUAGUAUAUCAUCGAAAAGAGAUUGAAACCAAUCCGUCGGAAUUUGGGUGUACAUUAAUAAGACAAAAAUAUUGUGUUAAUAUAAAGGUUCAUUUGGAAUGCGACACCAAUACGUACUUAUAAAUAGCAGACUGAACAAUUUAAACAAUGCAGGAUUGAUUCGAACGUGAACAUGAAGCGAUUCGUUCACAGGAAACCAUUACCGGUCCCACGAUAAGCUCCACAGCAUACUUGCAUUUUUUCAGUCGAAUAAAUACAGAUUACAGAUCCACAUCUGUCUAAUUUCAGAACGCCCAAAAAUGUUCAAUGUUGAACGAGGAAUUUCCCGCCUUCUAAGAAAUAACUCAUUGCAUUUUGUUCAUUCGCCGCAUGAUGAUUUUUAAAGUUCCCGUUACAAACAAUGUAUCGUGUUUCACUCGUGUAUCAUAUUUCUUCAAGCCGUACGAAAAUUGUAUUGCCUGAAAUAAGAAAUAUGUACACAACCAUAUCGAAAUAAGUUGACUGAAAAUCCACCACUGCAUUUCUUCGAUUAGUCAGGUUGGGCAAAAGCAGCAACUUAUUACGGUGAUUGAAUCAGCGUCCACUGCAACUAUUGGUGUGGUCUCAAAACGUCUACAGUGUUGCCAGUGGGCAAACUACAUUUUCUAAAAAAAACAAUUCUACCAUCACUGAACACAUCUCAAGUACUAGUCUAAUUAAAACUAGCACAUUUCCAAGGAAUAGUGUACUAAACCGAAAGCAACCCAAUACAAAAUACAUUUCCACCCGACAUAGCACUAUACAACAUUUGCUCCAGUGCACUCUAGCGCACCCUCCACGGGCAGCCGUCGUCCGUCGAUCAUCGUACGCGAAUAAAUCAUGGAAGGAAACAUCAAUCCCAUGCCAUAAACACUAUUCCAAUUGAAACGGCUAGAUUGUAUUCAUCUGUGAUUUACAGCUGAUAGGUACAUAGGUACAUAGAUUGCUGCUGGAGAAUCGGAAAGCGAGCCAGGUACAGGCGAAACGAACACAACGUGCUGAAAAUUGCUGACGACGUGCAUUAAUAAGUUAUGUGUGCAACAUCCGCACUGACAAAUUACAUUUAGAAAUAAAAAAAGAAUCGAUUUCUGGAGCUAUUUUUUCGAGUUGAUAUAAAUGUCGAUACAAAUCGAACAUAUGUACUUUAUCUUUCUUUAAGUUUAACUAUACUUCAAGGAUAUCGUUUUGCUGCCAAGCAUCGCUUUUGUAGGAACGAUAUACAAGGUACAAUCGGGAACAGACGUCUAGCAAGUAGCAACACGAUAGCUAAUUAGCAUAUUAUUAGUUUCCCCAUUUUUUUCGUAAGUCGCAGAACAAGAAGCGGAAAAAACACCGAACACAUUUGUAACGCCAGCAUCGUCGUCGUUGUUACUUUUUUACAUCUAGAUGAAAAUGCAUUAGUAGACCGAAACAUCAGUUAGUUGAAUAGUGAUUAACACGACAUUAUGUAAUCAAAGUACAUAAAUCAUAAAUAGCUAAACAUACGCAUUUCGUGGAACAUAAAGCAUUGUAUAGUGAAACCAAACAACAAAAUACAUAAACCAAUCAAGUUAAGUUUAUACGCAACCAAACUUGUGCAGCAAAAGCUGAAUAUUUGACGAAAUUAAGGAGUGGUGGCUAUUUUUUUUUGGUAAAAUGACGUGAAAAGAAAUGUAAAUUUAGCGAGCAGCAUGAGCUAGAGCUAGUAGUCUAGUUAUGGUUAAUAAACAAAUCUGAUAAUAUGAUAAA